CAUUUCACGGCUAGUAAUCGGUACUUUCACAGGGUGUGUGUUCGUGUGUAUGUUCUAUACAAUAUGGCGCUUGUUCAAUUAAAAGCAUCGUAAUUUUUAUACAAAUUCAAUCGUUUAAAAAGAAAUUUUUAUAUUUUACAUAUAUUUCCAAGAGAAUCUCUUCAUUUCUUGCUACAAAAAGUAUGCUUAAAUAAAGCAACAACAUAAUUUAUAUACAAAAAUGGCAAAAGUUAAAGCAGCAUCCAGAAAAUCAAAGAAAUCUCCAGCGACGAAGAAAAAUAUUAAAGGUGAAACAACGACUUGUAAUGCUAAUGAAAAUGAACAAUAUGCCUAUUUAAAUGAUUAUUAUGAAAUUCAAUCGAAAAUACGUUUGUGUUUUGUUAAAAUAAAACGUGAUAAGAGAUUAAAUAAUGCUGCUGUAAGUCGUGGUGGUGGUGGUGUUGAUGGUGGCAAUGGUGAUGGCUGUACUAAAGAUGAUGAUAAUGGCAGUGAAACCCAGGCUCAGUGUACAAAUGAAAUUGUAUGCAAGGCUUUAGAAGAUCGAGUCAAUGACGUCACUGCAAUAGAUAAGACCAUCCCCUGCGUCGGGACAAGAGAAAUGAAGGGAAAUAUCUUGGACAUAUCUCCCGGUGAAUCGGAAGUUUUUGAAUUGUCCUCACCAAGCAAAGAAACAUCCUGCCAGUCGUUAGGCAGUGAAAUUACAUUACCUCCGAAGCAAAAAUUGCGUCGUUGUAAAGUUCGAGUAAAACGUAUGAGUAAAAUACAAACUGUGUACACUACUGCAAAGUUUUCAAAUAAAUUUUCACAAAAAUGUCGUGUAAAAAUUCCCAAAACUCCAAUGCCGCUCCAAAGAUCUGCACCAGCAGCCGCAGAAUUAACCGCAGUUGCGGCCUUGGAAGAUGCCAAAUUGGCGACAUCUUUGUUACAGAUUGAAAAUCCCUCAUUGGAUCAAGAAAAACGACAGGCCUUUACAAAACUCUCAUUAACGAAAAGGAAAUCGGAUCAAUUUAAUCCAGCAUCAAAAGAAACUUCUUCAAAUCAAGAUGAGUUCAAAGACCAAGAUAAAGAAAAUAGAAACGAAAUUUCGGAAAAAGAAAAAACAAAUCCAGACAACCUUAAAUUAUCCUCCAAAGCUAAAGUGGCCAUUCGAAAUACCCGUACAAUGGCCAAUAUAAGCAACAUUCACUUUGUUCCACAAAGAAAUUCGACAAUGGUUUUUGAACAUUUCAUUGAAACGAAGAAUACCGACAGCACCCCAAAGGAGGGGAGAUCUCUUAAGAGAAAUGGAAUUAUGAAGGCUAAUAAAAAGGAUCGCAAUAAUAAUGAAAACGAAGCUAAUGAAAAUGAUAAGGGCAAACAUGAGGAUCCCAAUUCGAUGAAUAAGGAAAAUGUUGAAAAAGUUUUGAAUGCUUCAGCAGAUGGUCACAAAACUUCAAGUCAAGCCGAAACGAGAAGUGCCAGAACUACAAAGAGGAGGAUAAAUACAAGAAACACGAAAGAAGAAGCCUUACAAACGAAAAAUCCCUCCAGCAAAAAACAACCCCAAGCGACGGCCAUAAAACCGAAAUCCACAAGAAAGUCAAAAAGAUUAAGUAAACAACUUGAAGGGGAAUCAGAAGAAAAUGUCAUUGGAAAUGUCGAAAAAGAUCAUUUAACUUCAUCUAUUUUGGCAAAAGAUUUGAAUGGGGAUCAAACACAUGAAUCAAACAAAUUUAUAGGAAAUCCAAAUACCUCCAAUAAUAUUGAGAUAUCUGAUGAGACUAAAAAGGAAAAUAAUGUUAUAAUUGGAACUUCUACUUUGGCCACUGAAAUCGAAACCGUCCAAAGUCAAAAUAAAUCUAAGGAAAAUCAAAUAACCUUCAACGGCAAAGAGAAAUCUACGGCAACAAAUGAAAAUGCCGGCAUUGGCGAAGCCAGUCUAAGCCACGAUCAGUCCAAAUCAAACAACAAUAGAAGAAAAAUAACAAAAACAACACAAAAAACUAUACCAAACAUCUUUAGUAGGCAAAGAAAACAACUGGCCACAAAACCCCAGAAAACAAAUGCAAAAUCCAUUGAUGAAAAUUCUACACCAAUUGAAUCUAUUGAAACCACAACAACAACAACAUCAAAUGAAAACAAUCAACAAGAAAACUCAACGAAAACCCAUAAAUUUUUUCAUCGCACAAAUUCGGAUAAAAAUAACAACAAUGGAACAGCUGAUAAGUUGCCAAAUGUCAGGGCGGCUAAUGGCAUUCUAAAAAACACAAAACCUCAACGUGUACGCUCUUCACAAGUUCGGCGUGAACAGGUCUAUGAAUUCCUAUCACAAUCACAAACCUCCGAUUCAGAUGGAUCUGGUGGUAGAUUUUUGAAACCAGCUGAUCCCAUGCAAGAUGUUAUUCAAAAGUUAAUCGAAGAGGGAAAAGUGGUGGUGGCCAAAAAUGCCAAGGGUAAAGGUAGGCCCAGAAUUAAGGGAGCUGGAAGGCCCAAGACAGUGCAAAAUAAAGCCAAGUUCAAGGCCAAGGAAAAAUUGGCGGCAGCUAAACAAAAUAGCAAGGCCAAGAAAAAUGGGGUUGGUGACAGAAAUGCUGGUCAUAAUAUGCCAACCAAUAAGAACGCUCCUAGGCAGCCGGGAGAUGUAAAUGGUUUGGACAACGAUCAUUUUGAACAUAAUUUUAUGGCAGAUAAUGAUGAUGAUGAUGACGAUCUACCCAUUACUGCUGAUGUGGAUGUGGACUACAAUUUAAACCAGACCAACCCACAGGUAUCGGAAAUUCGACAGGCCCCCAUGUCCGCUGAACAUCAAGAGGGUACAUUUAGUAAUUUAGCCAAAUCGGUGUUAAUUAAUCAAGCAGGACGCUCAUCUGCUGCCGAUGCCCAAAGAAUAAAGGCCCAACGUCUGUUGGCCAUGGCCAAGAAAAUAAUUAGUACCCCGAAAAAUCCAAAAACACCCCCCUUGCAGACCGGCUUACAAGCCGAUUUCUCACCCAUACCAUGGCCCAGUAAGAGGCCAGCCACAAAAGCCUCACCCUGGCGUGUUGAUGAAGAUGCCAAUCUUCCAAGGGUAUUUAAUUUUUCACGUUGUACUGGAAAUCUACCAUCCUUUUCCAGUGAUUAUAUUCCACCAACACCGAGAAAGGAAACGUCAAAAAAUAGAUCAAGUUUGCCGGAGCUGCAAGAGACACCGCCAAUGGAACCUUUAGCACCACCACCACCACAGGAUCAGCCAUAUUCUCCCCUACCCCUACCCCAUAUACCAAUACGAAAUUCGGCAUCCUCAACACCCCUUGUGCAAAAUAAUUUUAGCGUACCUUCUUCAUUUUCUUCAAAUGAUUCGAAUGCCGAAAAUCAACCUCCCUGCCGAGCUGAGGAAAAUCAAAAUGAAAAUGCAGAUAUCUUUAAUUUAAAGCAGCUUCCAAAUCCCCGUCGUGCAUUGACCUAUCGCAGUCCCCUCAAAGCCAUUAAUAUUCUAGAGGUUGUCCAUCUACCACCUCUUCAAAAAUCUAUUUUGGAAAAAUCUCAGACGGAAGUGCAUGAUCCCAAAGACAUGACAGCUCGCGAUGAUGACAACCUUUUCAAGACACCACAAAAACAAAUAAAAGACAAGAAACGGAAGAAAAAAUCCCCAUCACCGCAAAGAGAUUUAUUUGGAUUUGAGGAAUUCCUGUCACAAACGGAAGUGUCCAGCCAAGAAUCGGAUACAGAUCAGCACUCAGUACAUGAGAGAUCGGCCAAAGAAAAAUCAAUACAAUAUGUGGAGAAUAUACACAAUAAGUUAAAUAAUUUAAGGAAAUUGCGACCUGAUACUUCUUGUUUGGAGACAAGUUUACAGCAUCCAAAUGGACAGACGAAAAAACUGCCCAAUCUUUUUAAUGAUCCAGGAGUGGAAAAAAAUCUCAAUGGCCAAAAAACCAUAAGACAAAUGCUGUGCUCGACAAUGAUUGAUGAACGGCCAUCGACCAGCAAAAAAGCUUUGGAGGAAUUGAAAAAGCGCAAUUUACCGCCCAAGGUGGCGGCUGGUUUUAAUUGUGCCACAAAUUUCGAUUCCAAUAUAAGUGAAUUAUUCAAAGAUCCCGAACCAGAGACAACCUUCAAUGAAGAUGAUGCCCAUCGCACCUACAUACGACCCUAUAAACGUAAACGACGGCUCCGGGAGAAUAAACUGGUCUUUGUCCUCGACAGUGAUGAGUCUGGAGACGAAGGUAACAACUCCAAGUCACCACAAAAGCGUAAGAAACGUGAACAACAUCAUAAUAGCCAUGAAACCGAUACAAGUUCCGAACAACAUCAAAAACCGGCAAAGAGAAAGCGACAAUGUAAGGAGAAUCCAGAAUUGAAAACAUUUGUCGAGGAGUUUCAGGAAAUGUGUAAAGAAGUGGAAAGUUUUGAAUUAGUUGUGGAGACGAGUGCAUAAUUGUAGAUCAAAAUUUCCAGAGAGGCAGCAAAGUAAUGCAAGCAAGCGUGAUGUAAAUAAGUUAUUCAAAAAAAUGGUGUAUAGAAAUGAAGAAAUAGUAUUGUAAUGCCAUAGGUUUAAGAGUAAAAUUUGUUUUCUUCUUUUUUUUAAUUUGUACUUUCUUUUUGAGAUCAUAGUCCAAUAUUUUAUAUGCGUGUUUUUUUUUCGUUUACCUUUAAAAGGGGUCCUAUUCCUGUGUUUUUCUUUUGUACGUUCUAAUUUAAAUUUAUAUUUCUUAAUCUCUGUAUUUCGAUGCAAUUUAGUAUUAAGUAAAAAACGUAACAAUUUUCAACAUAUCUAUAUGUGUAUUAGUUGCUAAGAUAAAACAAUGAAACUCAUAGAAAAUAAAUAUUGAUUGAUUCAAUAUUCUUUUUUGCAA